AAAUUUUUCUAGAUUUAAAUUACAUGUUUGCUAUGGUUCGCCUCUGUCUACAAAUAUUUGACAUAUGGCCCAAUCCACAUAUAUCAUUGAGUAACAUUCGCUGGCCAAGCGUAAAAUUCAUUAUCAUUAUAUCUACUAUAAGCCUUUAUGUAUCGGUGCCACAAAUAAUGAAUGUGAAACGUGCUUGGGGUAAUGUGACUCGGAUGGUGGAACCUUUUAUCUCCGUAUUCUACAGUAUGUUGGCAGUGUUCAAAUUGCUUGUUACCUGGUAUCACAACAAGACUUUACAGCCGCUGAUACUAUCGAUCAUAACUGAUUGGAUGACUUCGACCAGCAACUGGGAACGAAAUACAAUGCUGAGAAUUACAAGACGUGGCAGAAACUUAUCCUUUAGAUGUUGUUUAUCUGUGAUAGGCUUGACUAUAAUUACAUUUUACUUUCAUAUUCUGAAAAUCAUUAAGACUAUACACCAGCCUCAUCGACACCUUCUCUAUCCAAUAGAAAACAUUCAAAAAACUCCGAUUUAUGAAAUCACAUAUAUAAUUCAAAUAUCCUGCGGCUUUUGUUCCGUCCUCGCUAACUACACUGUCGACAAUUUUGUAUCGAUACUCGUGCUACACAUGUGCUCACAGCUGAUAAAUUUGCGGACGACACUUAAUAAUCUGGUCAACGAAAUAGCUAACAAAUCUACAUCUUCCUCGAGAUUUAGGGAAGGAUUAAUUAUAAUCGUUGAACGACAUGAGCAUCUUAUCAGAGCACUAAAAUGGCGUACAGCGUGUUUGAAUGCAGAUGGUAUGAUCUACCGCCGAAAGAUGCAAAAGACUUAAUGUUCAUUGUAUAUCGAUCAACGAUACCCCUUAGAUUGACAGCUGGAAAAUUUGGAACGUUUUCGAUAGAAAUGUUUGGAUCACUAUCAAAACGGCAGCGGGAUAUUUAUCGACACUGCUAACAAUAAGAGGUUAAAGAAAACGAUACUGAAGGGAUGAUACUAAAGGAAUGAAUUUCAUAUAAUUGAUUACGGCAUCAAUUUUUUAACAAUAAAAUAAAUAGAUAGACACUCUGUUGUAACACUUUUGAAUUAGAAAAAUACACACGUAGCAAGUUAAAUGAU